AUGUCCCAACCACCAUUUGAUGCUUUGGUUAAUGGAUACAACCUAAAAGAAAAGAGCAAUCUCCCUCAACCGCAGACGCUAUUUUAUCCAUGUGUCUACACUGCGCAAUAUCCAAAAGAGUCUCCGGCCGUUGAAAAUCUAAUCGACGAAAAGCUAAAGACCUUCGACGUAGACUUUAUUGAACUGGGCGGCAAGCUCCGUCAUGAAAGAAAGAGGAAGGUGGUAGAAUGGUACACUGAAUACCUGAGUGACGAUGAGAGGAGAUUGGGACUGCUGCUACGUCUUGCAAUCGCCUCGAAGCUCCGUAACAUACGGCGCUUACCGAAGAGGAAAGUCGAUAGCUCUUUGGCGCGUCGAGAUUUUGAAGGGCCUUCUUCGGGUCUUCCCGUAUCGCACGGUCGGUUAGACGCUGAAAAGCUCGUUAUGUCCAAAGGCCUCAACUAUGGCUCUCGUGUGGACCAUGCCUCAAGAACACAAAACCAUCAAUUGCUCCAAUGUAUCAUCCAAACACUUUGCUAUCUCAGGUAUCUGCUACUCUUUGCAGUUCUCCCUGACAUGGAUAUGUCAAGCAAAGAAGAUCGGAGCGUGGUUCCUUCGAGGACGUCUGAAAGUCCCGAGCUAGCAAAUAAUGAAAGCUAUCCCGAAGGAGGGCCUAGGGCAUGGCUGGUGGUUUUCGGGGCGUGGUGUGCUAUGGUCCCAUCUAUGGGCUUGUUGAAUAGCCUGGGAAUCCUACAUGCCUGGACGAGCACUCAUCAGCUCCAGGGAUACUCCGAAUCAAGCAUUGGCUGGAUAUAUGGCGCUUAUGGAUUCUUCCUUUACUUUGCCGGAGCACAAGCUGGGCCAAUAUUUGAUGCGUAUGGACCAGCAUAUGUCAUUAUUCCUGGGUCAAUUGGGAUCGUGGCUGCACUGAUAUGCUUUAGCUUUAGUGAAGAGUAUUACCAGAUUUUCCUAUCCUUUAGCGUCCUCGGAGGACUCUCAGCCUGCACACUGUUCACACCGGCAGUUUCAUGCGUGGGACACUGGUUCAAUGUGCGCCGGGGCUAUGCAACAGGCAUCGCCUGCACAGCCGGCGGACUGGGCGGCGUGAUAUUCCCCCUGAUAAUACUAUUCGCAGCGCCCAAAAUCGGCUUCGCAUGGGCCAUCCGCAUCAUCACACUGCUCUGCGCCGUGCUCUGCACACUAGCCUGUCUGCUCAUGCAAACGCGACUCCCGCGCAACAAGAAAGCAGGAGCCUCCAUCGAUUUCAAAGCCCUUAAAGACAUCAAAUACGCCACCACAACCGCCGCCAUCUUCCUCGUCGAGUUCGCCGUCUUCAUCCCAAUCACCUACAUCGCCUCAUACGCAGUCCACGUCGGAGUAAACGACACCAUGUCCUACGCGCAAAUCAUCUUCCUCAACCUCGGCGCCAUACCUGGCCGCUUCCUCCCCGGCCUCGUCGCCGACCGACUAGGCCGCUUCAACGUCAUGGUCCUCACAUCGCUCAUAUGCGCAGUAUUAACCCUGGCCCUCUGGCUGACGGCAGGAGACAAUCUAGCCGCAAUUAUCUGCUAUGCAGUGCUUUUUGGCUUCUGGAGCGGAGCAGCCAUCAGUCUCACGCCUGUCUGUAUCUCACAGGUCUGCGCGACCGAAGACUACGGGAAGAGAAACGGAACGACGUUCACGAUCGUUAGCGUGGGCACGCUCACUGGGAUUCCGAUUGCGGGAGCCAUACAACAACACAACGGAGGGGAGUUCUGGGGACUUAUCGUGUUUGGGGGCGUGCUUUAUAUGGCGGCUACUGUUGCUUUUGCUCUUGCGAGGGGAGUUUGUGCCGGGUGGUCUUUGAAGACUAGAUUUUAG